GUAAUGCCAGUUUGACGGACUGUCAAACAUUUCCACCAAACAGAUGACGAGGCUUCUGAAGACAACGUUGGGGGAUUGGCUAAAGGGGCGGGGUUACACGGUACAGCGUGGCGGGAUUUUUCAGAUUAAUGUCAAUAUCAAUUUCAGUUAAAAACUACUUUAGUUGUGCAUGAUACUCCGCUGACUAUAAGCAUACAUUCUGAAUGCGUUAAACUUUAUAUAAUCUUAAUAUAUGUGGUUGUUAGGAGGCUAGUUUUUUUUCUCUAAAACUUUAUUCAUUUUCGCGCUGCUCUUGUUUGGAUUAGUGAGUCUUUGAAACCUUUGCCUGUGUAACCAGCGUUAGUGAUUAGCUGCCUGUGCCGCUCUAUUUAUAAACAACGAUUUAUCUUGCAUUGCAGUUAAUAUGCAGCUAAAAGAAUAAUACAUACAUACUAUUAGAGUAUAAUUUAAAUGCCAUGGAGAAUUACCGUCAGCAGCGAUAUGAAUCCUCUGCCCCUGGAAGGGAGAAUAAAUUGAGCAGAAAGAAAGUGUUUGCUGGGGGAGCUGGCGGCACUACCACUGGAAGCACUAGACAUUAUGAAGACGGCGAAAGGAAGCCUAAAUUUCACUUAAACAUUAGAACCUUGACGGAUGAUGUGCUUGACCGCUUUGCCAGCAUCCGUAUUCCAGGCAGCAGACGAGAGCGGCCCACUCUUUCCCACCUGAAGCACUCGUGCUCCUCCACCAGUGAGUGGUCCACCGAAUUUGAAGAGUUUGCCUCCAAGCAGAUGUCCGAGAAAGAGAUCCUAGCACUUUUUGAAAAAAUGAUGGAGGAUAUGAACUUAAACGAGGACAAAAAAGCACCCCUCAGGGAAAAGGACCUCAACAUGAAGAAAGAGAUGGUCAUUCAGUAUAUCGGCACAGCAUCCAAAACAGGCGGCCUGAAGAGCAGCCAUCAGAUCUCGCCACAGGAAUUCAUCUCUGAACUGAAGUCAGGUGCUACAGAUGAAAGGCUCUUCAGCUGCCUGGAUUCUCUGCGUGUGUCUCUGACCAGUAACCCUGUCAGCUGGGUGCAGAGUUUUGGCCAUGAAGGCUUGGGACUACUAUUGGACACUCUGGAGAGAUUACUUUACAAAAAACAUCAAGAAAAGAUUGACAAGAAGAGUCAACAUAAAGUCAUACAGUGCUUGAAGGCCUUCAUGAACAAUAAGUAUGGGCUGGAGAGGAUCCUGGGGGAGGAGAAAAGCCUUUCCCUGCUGGCCAGAGCCAUCGAACCAAGGCAGCCUAACAUGAUGACAGAUGUGGUCAAGCUACUGUCUGCAAUAUGCAUCGUCGGUGAAGAAAAUACCUUUGAAAAGGUUUUGGAAGCAAUAACUACUGCUGCGGAACAUAGAAACAUUGAAAGGUUUCAUCCCAUUGUUGAGGGCCUGCGUGACCACUCAGUGCAGUUGCAAGUGGCUUGUAUGCAGCUCAUCAAUGCUCUUGUUACAUCUCCUGAUGAUUUGGACUUCAGGCUUCACAUCAGAAAUGAAUUUAUGCGCUGUGGACUGAAAGCGCUAUUGCCACAUCUGAAUAUCAUUAAAAGUGAUGCACUGGACAUCCAGCUCAAAGUGUUUGAAGAACACAAAGAAGAGGAUAUGAUUGAGUUCUCUCAUCGUCUAGAGGAUAUUAGAUGUGAAUUGGAUGAUGUCAAUGAUGUCUACCACAUGGUGCUGAACAUGGUAAAGGAUACGGAUGCAGAAGGUUAUUUUCUCUCCAUUCUUCAGCAUCUGAUGCUAAUCAGGAACGACUAUUUUGUAAGGCCACAAUAUUUCAAGAUUAUAGAAGAAUGCGUCUCACAGAUACUGUUACAUCGCAGUGGUACAGACCCAGAUUUUACAUAUCGCAAGCGCUUAGAUGUAGAUUUCAGUCACCUGAUAGAUGUCUGUGUCGAUAAAGCAAGAACAGAAGAGUAUGAACAGAGAGUUUCAGAACUGGAACAGAAGUUUGAUGAAGAAUUUAUGGCUCGACAAGAGGCCCAAGCUGAACUACUGAAAAGGGAAGAAAAAAUCAAUGAACUUGAAGCAGAAUUGCAGGCUUUUAGAUCCCAGUUUGGAGCAGUGCCAGUUGGAGUUCCGACUCUUCGAUCACUUCAAGGAAGUGUUUUUAACUCGUCCCCGCCACCUCCACCUCCACCUCCACCCCCCUCUGCACCUGGGGGAUGUGCCCUGCCACCUCCCCCUCCCCCUCCCCCUCCCCCUCUCCCAGGAUGCGGACCACCACCCCCCGCUCCCUUCGGGGCCCCUCCUCCACCUCCACUCGGGUUUGGGGGGGCAAACUUCUCCCCGCCCCCCAACACACUGCCUUUUGGAAUGCGGCCUAAAAAGGAAUUCAAGCCUGAAAUCUCCAUGAAGAGGCUCAACUGGUCUAAGAUCAGACCCUGCGAGAUGUCUGAAACCUGCUUCUGGAUAAUGGCAAAUGAAGACAGAUAUGAGAACCCUGACCUGCUGGCUAAGCUAGCACUUACAUUUGGGUCUAAAAAACUCGUCUGUGAAGUGAGUUCUCCUGACGAGGAGCCACCCAAGAAGGAGGAGGAGCUGGAGGAGAAGAAAUCCAUCAAAAAAAGAAUCAAAGAACUGAAAGUCUUGGAUCCAAAGAUAGCACAGAAUCUGUCAAUUUUUCUGGGUUCCUUUCGGAUACCUUAUCAAGAAAUCAAAAGGAUGGUUUUGGAAGUGGAUGAAGAAAAACUGACAGAGCCUAUGAUUCAGAAUUUGGUGAAGCAUCUCCCUGAGCAGGAGCAGCUGAAUGCCUUGGUUCGCUUUAAAAAUGAAUAUCCCAGCCUGUCUGAACCAGAGCAGUUUGGAGUGGUGAUGAGUGGUGUGAAGAGACUGCGGCCACGGCUCAAUGCCAUUCUCUUUAAACUGCAGUUUGAGGAGCAGGUGAACAACAUCAGACCUGACAUCAUGGCGGUUAAUGCUGCCUGCGAAGAGAUGAGGAAGAGUAAAAGCUUCAGCAAGUUGCUGGAGCUGGUUUUGCUGAUGGGAAACUACAUGAACUCUGGCUCCCGGAAUGCUCAGUCUUAUGGCUUUGACCUCAGCUCCCUGUGCAAACUCAAGGACACAAAAUCAUCAGACCAGAAAAAAACUUUGCUGCAUUUCCUGGCUGAAGUAUCUGAGGAAAGGUUUCCUGAUGUGCUGAAGUUUGUGGAUGACUGGCAACACGUUGACAAAGCUAGCAGAGUCUCAGCAGAAAACCUGGAGAAGAACCUUAAGCAGAUGGAGCGACAGCUUCUACAGCUUGAAAAGGAUUUGGAGACCUUUCCCCCUACAGAGGACAUGCAUGACAAGUUUGUGACAAAGCUGUCCAGCUUCUCCAAGCAGGCCAGGGAGCAGUAUCAGAAGCUGGUUAUUAUGCAUAAUAACAUGAGUACGUUUUACCAGAACUUGGUGGAGUUUUACGUCAUUGACUCAAAGAAGACGUCAGCUGAAGAGUUAUUCACCGACAUGAGCAACUUCAGAUCUAUGUUUAUGCAAGCAGUGAAGGAGAACGUGAAAAGGAGAGAAGCAGAGGAGAAGCAGAGACGUGUCAAAAUCGCAAAAGAGAAAGCAGAAAGGGAGAAGCUGGAAAGGCAGCAGAAGAAGAAGCAGCGUUUGCUGGAAAUGAACACUGAGAGUGAUGAGACAGGAGUGAUGGAUAGUCUGCUGGAGGCCCUGCAGUCAGGUGCUGCAUUCAGAGACCGGAGGAAGCGCGCACCCAGGCCUAAAGAUGCCCGUCAUAGUCUCAGUCCAGUUUCUCAGAGGCCUGUUUUGAAGUCUUGUAACCAUGAAAACCUGAAGGCACCUUUGGAAAGGUCACGUUCUCGACAGAAUAUAAAUUUCAGCUCGACAAGAGCACCAGUUGCCAAGGAGCUUAAUUAUGAAUCGGAGCCUCAUUCAUCUACAGCAAGAAGCAGGGCUGCUGGAAAGCGAGAGGCCCACAUUGGCCCAAGCGCCCUGGAGAAGGAAACUGAGCCUGCCGGCUGCACUCCUAAGGAAGACAAUGAUGUCGAGGCCCUACUGGCUCGGUUACGAGCCUUGUAAACCCACUACAUUACACCACUGUACCAUUACCUUUCUCCACACACUCCUGAUAUAAAAGAGAGAUGGGGGUAGAGAUUGCAAGCCUUGUAAACCCACUGCAGUGUUAUAGUGUCAUUUUUCUAAUGAGCAAAAUGGUAUAUCACAUACCUACUCACAAUUAACCUUUAUUUGAAGAUCCUUAACCUGUUUGAGCUCCUGACAUUUUGUUCGAUAACGUUUUAAGGCUUAUGACGGAACAGAAAUGAAUAAGCUAGGUUAUUAUUUAGCACCUACAGUUUGCCCUUCGUACAGUACCAGUAUAUAGAUUACACUGGUUUUAAUAUAGGGGAGCACCAGAUCUGCAACUAAGAAAGCAGUUAAUAUAUAAACACUGGGUCUAAUGUAGAUAUUCAGCAAUGCACAGCAGUCCGAAAGGCAAAUAUAUUCUUAAUGUUAUAGUAACACUUAGCCAUUUCAAAAGAUUAUAUUGUGUUUUUGUUAUGUUGUGUAUUAAUAUUGCAAUUUAAAGGAAAAUGUGCUUGCUCCAUAUUUGUCAAUCCGUGCAGUUUAAAGCAAGGACACCAAACCAGACAUAAUUACUAAAAAUACAUACAGUAAAUGUGUAUAUUAAUAUCCAUUAUUGUACUUAUUGGAGCUGAUGUAAUCUUCCUCUUCCACAAGGAAUACAGUCAAGCCUGAUUAUUAAGGUACCAUUAAAAGUGGUCUUUAGAGCCGGUAGUCUUUACAAGGGAUUAUAUGUGGGAAACUGGGUGAUUCUAAGUCAGCUGGUAAUUUUGCAUUGCUUACGUGGAAAGGGAGAACAGGCUUAACAUUGUUUUUUUUUUUUAAAUGUUCUCUUGAGACGAAUGGGGGGUCACUGCAAGCUGUUACUGCAAUAACAUUCAUGACACAUGGAGUUAGUCCUUGUUGUCGAUCAUUUUGUGCAUUUCCAUUCUCUUUGGUGAUGUGUUCCUCAACGACAACGUUCCCAACUGAGUUCUGCAACAAUAUAGAGUGUGGUCACUAUCAGCAGAUGCUCCUUAAAACAAGGUUGACUGUAUUUUUAGUUAAUUCAUUUUAAAGUGUUACUAUGGCUUUCAAGGAAUGUUGCAUAUAUAAUCUUGCCUGUAAAACAACAAAUUGACCAAAUGUUUCCCCCACAUGAAUUUAGACCACACUUGGUUAUGUAGAUACACACUGGGCAGUAAAAGGUUAAGGAAACAUUUAGAUUUUAUAUGUAUACAUUUAUUUAUUCACUUCUGCACCUCUUAUAUUUUUUUUGCAUGAACACCAAAAUACUGAUCUUCUGUGUAGGUUAAAAUGUAUUCAAACACGGAGACACAUAUAGCUAUAUCUAUGCAAACUGUUUUCAUAAAAGCUGUAUCUGUAUACACUAAUGUAUGUUUCAUAUAAUUGUCAGUAAGCGUUCUAUUUUGGUAAAGCUGUCUUGAUUAUUGCUCUGUGUACACUUCUAGAGAAUAACUACUAAAUAAUGUAGAUCAUUACCAUACAAAGUAACUUUUUUUUUGGUUUCAUUACCUCCAUUUGAUUGAACAUGUAAUUGCAGUAAGCAGAUUAAUCUUGUAAUUUUAAACUUCUUCCCAGUUGGAUUCCGAUAAGUGUGUUUUGCACUAGGAUGUAGAAUUGGAUUAAGCCACACACAGGAAUUUUUCACAGUUAAUUUUAAUAAUUGCAUAUUCUCCCAAGCACUACAAGUGUAAUAAUCUGUUAAAAAUAAAUACAUUAAUAAAUAUAAUUAAAUCAGACAAGAUAACUUUAUCUUACUGCUGUAUCCAAACAGAACAAGUGAAUUUCUUUCUUUCUAUCUUUAGUAAAUGUGUUUUUUUUAUUUACUGAUCUUAAUUAUUAUAAAUGUUUAAUUAUAGGAUAAUAUAAUGAAAAAAAAGCAUUUUGUUGCACAAAACGUCAUGUAUACAAUAAAAUGAAAGGAAGUGUAAAUGUUUUCUUGUUUUGGUGAAGAAGCAGUCUCACAUUUUAAAAGGUCUGGGACUGCAAUCAUUAGAUUUUAUUCAGUCACUCAACGAAUCUCAUUUCAUUACGCACAAAACAAUUCAGCUGUCAUCUAGCGUUGUUAAUGUAAACCUGAUUAUAUGUACCAAUACAGAUGGGUUUGAUUAGGCAAUGUAUUCUAAAUACUAAUUACAAUCCUUACCAUGGACUUGGCUUUCAUUUGAAUUAUUCUGUGCAAAAACUGAAUUGUGUUGGCCUAAGUCAUUGCUAGGUUAUUCUGAUAAACUGUUAUAAAGCAAUUAAACUUCCAAGGAUUAUUUAUAUUUUCAACAUUAGGGAAUAGAAAAUAAGAAGUAAUUUCAGGUUCACCUUUUCUUUGGCACUUAAUUUUUCUGAAUUUUAACUAAAAUCUUAAAUUUCUUGUAAAAAUGU